CCAAAUUGCUCUUUCCGUUCACCCCACCUUUUUCUUCUCCUCUAUAUACUCGGAAGGGCUGCUGUCUUCUCCGGCCGGAGUUGUAGACUUGCCUCGCUGCAAUCUUGACUUGUCCUCUGCGUCCAUGGCCGAGACUGUUGUCCUCAAGGUUGGUAUGUCAUGUCAAGGUUGCGUUGGAGCUGUUAAGAGGGUUCUCACCAAAAUGGAAGGUGUCGAGUCCUUCGAUGUGGAUCUGAAAGAGCAGAAAGUGACAGUUAAAGGCAAUGUAAAACCCGAAGACGUUUUUCAAACUGUUUCAAAAACAGGCAAGAAGACUUCCUUUUGGGAGGCUGAACCUGAAGCCAAGGAAGCUGCUCCAGCUACUCCUACCAAGGAAGAUGCUCCAUCUGCUCCUACCGAGGAAGAUGCUCCAUCUGCUCCUGAUGCUGCCGCCGAUGUUACUACUGCAGCAUGAUGCCUCUAUCUGUAAAUCUUGUCGGACGCAUUUGAUGAAUAAGUCGGAUCUCAUGUCAUUUGAUCUGAAAGUAUAUUAUGUUGCUGAUCUUGAUUCCUGAUACUGGUUCUGUCCAUCAGAUAGUAUCUCAUCUGAUAAAUUGUGAUUUAUCCUUUCCAAUGGACUCAUCUUAAACCCUGGGAUUAGAUGAUUAAAGACAAUUUUAGGAAGUUGCUUUUA